AUGGGGAAAGACAAGUCCGCCUUCAACUUGAAGACCCCCAAGGGCACUAGGGAUUGGGCCGGCGCCGACACCCUCCUCCGCGACCGCAUCUUCAACACCAUCGCCGAUGUCUUUCGACGCCACGGCGGGACCGCCCUGGACACUCCUGUGUUCGAGCUGAGGGAUAUUCUCGCAGGGAAAUACGGCGAAGAUUCCAAACUCAUCUAUGAUUUGCAGGAUCAGGGUGGAGAACUCUGCUCGCUGCGAUACGAUCUUACCGUCCCCUUUGCACGAUGGCUCGCCAUGAACCCGGAGGUGAGGAGCAUCAAGCGAUAUCACAUUGCCAAAGUGUACCGUCGCGACCAGCCGGCUGUUGCCAAGGGCCGUAUGCGCGAGUUUUAUCAGUGCGACUUCGACAUUGCCGGCGCCCAAGCCGAUCCCAUGGUGCCCGACGCAGAGGUUUUGAAAAUUAUCAACGAAGUGUUCAGUGGACUUGGCUGGGACGGACGAUAUACCAUCAAGAUAAACCACAGAAAGGUCCUCGACGGUCUGUUUGAAGUGUGUGGGGUUCCUCAAGAUAAAAUCAGACCGAUUUCUAGCGCCGUGGACAAGUUGGAUAAACUGCCCUGGGCUGAGGUUCGCAAGGAAAUGGUUGAAUCCAAGGGCCUCGACCCAGAAGCCGCAGAUAAAAUUGAAACAUAUGUUAGCAAGAAGGGGAGGAAAGAUUUGCUCCAGGAUCUCCUGAAAGAUGAGGCAUUGAUGGCGAAUGCGUCUGCCAAACAAGGAAUUGAAGAAAUGGGGCUGCUUAUGGACUAUUUAGAGGCAUUUGGAGUGCUAGAGAGCAUUUCCUUUGACUUGAGCUUAGCUCGCGGUCUUGAUUAUUAUACCGGUGUCAUCUACGAGGUAGUCACCGAAGGCUCAGCCCCAACAGUAUCGACCUCUGCGCCCGAGGCACAGACUCUACAGAAAUCAGGGAAGAAGGCCAAGGCCGCGACGGGCGACGAUGAUGACCGAUCAAACGACCCAACCAUCGGUGUGGGUAGUAUUGCCGCGGGUGGACGAUAUGAUAAUCUCGUCGGCAUGUUUUCACCAAAGGCACAAAUACCCUGCGUGGGAAUUUCGUUUGGUGUCGACCGUAUCUUCUCAAUCACAAAGGCGCGCAUGGAGCGAGAGAAUAAUGGGAAUGUAAGAAGCAGCGAGGUCGAUGUUUUCGUUAUGGCCUUCGGCGGCAAAGGGUUCAGCGGCAUGCUCAAAGAGCGCAUGGAGAUCAGCAAGAGUCUAUGGAAUGCCAAUAUCAAAGCUGAAUUCUCAUACAAACUCAAACCUAAACCACAACAACAAUUCAACGCCGCUGAAUCCUCUGGCAUCCCAUUUGCAGUCAUUCUCGGCGAAGACGAACUAGCUGCUGGUCAGGUCAAAAUCAAGGAAAUGGGCCUGGACAAGGACCACCCGGAGAAAGAGGGUGUGUCGGUUGAUAUCAAGAACUUGGUUGAUGAAGUCAAGACACGUCUGGCAAGGAAAGCCUCUGCUAAUACGACCCCUGAGGCUGCUGCCGCCGGUGUUGCGAAUUUGACCGUGAAUGAUGAGAAUCAAUGA